AAGGAAAUAGAGCUGUUUCUGAAGAUGCAAGCAAAGGAAUCGCUGUUUAGCGCCAUCUCCACUUCGCUCUGCCUUGAUUUUCAGUGUUUAAGAAUUGUCAUAAAUAAGCAGCUGUCCUGAUUAGCUAAUGGCCCAAUAAACUAGCAUCUAACAUAUACAAUUAAAUCUAUUAUUAUUUAAAGUAGGUUAAAUUAAAUUUUUCCAGUGUGCUUGUUUGUCAUUUUGGGUGAGUUUUUUAAAAAUAAAAAUAAAAGACUAUAUAUAAAGGUAUAGAAGUUUUUACAUUCCUGGUCAAUACAUUCAGCAUUAGUGUUAACAUUUUUAAAACAUUGUAUUAAAUUCGCAGACAGAUGCUGUAGUACAUCUUCACGGCAUUGGUUAACGACUUAGUGUUGCUUGGCGCUGCUUUCAUUUUAGAGGCAUUAAAUAUUCCACUGUACUCCUAAUUUGGGGUCUGAAAGUCGCCGAGUUACUUUCUCUUUCUCUAGGUGCAAGACGGCGAUACAACGUCAACACCGACUUUCUUACUGCAGAACUUGAACCGCUUCAGCUCCGUUCGCUUCCCUUUUUGAUUGACAGCCAGCUUCCAUCUUCCUCUGCGCAUACUCUGCAUAGCACAAAGGCUGCUGGGUAAGCGUUCCUGGCCAGCAUUAACAAGAUGGCUGCUCCUGGAGAGUACUUUGGUGUCGGAAGUCAGAUUUCCUGUUUGACGUGCCUGGGCCAGCAGCUCCACGGGGAGGUGGUCGCCUUCGAUUACCAAUCCAAGAUGUUAACCUUAAAAUGUCCUUCUUCCAGUGGGAAGCCCAACCAUAAUGAUGUUCUGCUGAUUAAUUUAGCUUAUGUUUCGGAUGUUAAAACAAUUAGUGAUCGCACAGAAAUGCCACCACCCUUAGCUUCACUGAAUGUUAGCAAGCUUGCCAAUCGAGCACGGACAGAGAAGGAAGAGAAAUUAAGCCAAGCUUAUGCAAUUAGUGCCGGAGUCUCUCCAGAAGGCCAGCAGCUUUUUCAGACUAUCCACAAGACCAUCAAGGAAUGUAAGUGGCAAGAGAAGAGCAUAAUUGUCAUGGAUGAAGUUGUAAUUGUACCACCUUACCAAGUUGAGAACUGUAGAGGCAAAGAGGGAAGUGCAUUAAGUCAUGUACGCAAAAUAUUUCUCCACUCUCAGGUAAAGAAUACCCUUAAGGAUUCCGGAGGGCAAGAAGCGGAGUGGCCGAAGCUGAAAAUUGGAGAUUCGGUACUGAUCAGGGAUUGGCAGCGUCCCAAACUUGGACCCCGGUUAAAGUACAAGGCCAGGAGCAUUGGAUACACCUCAGUGACUGUAAAAUAUGGCUUUCUGGCAGCAGUUAACCAUUUGUGGACUCAUUUCUUUAUUGUGUGUUGCAGUCAAUUCCUUAGAGGAUAAUUUGUUUUAUCAAGUACAUGAAUGACAGCACAGUAACCAUACUGCUUGUUAUCCUUUGGUACUAUCUGUGGAAGCACUGUUUGUAGCUAACCCAUUAGGGCUAUCCUGGAAGGGACGUGAUGGGGCGGUAAAUUGGAUUAUUAAGUAUGCAGAUGAUACUAAGAUAGGUGGCGUGUGGAUAAUGAAGUAGUUUUUAAAGCUUGCAGAGAGAUUUAGGCCAGUUAGAAGAGUGGGCUGAAAGAUAGCCAUGGAGUUUAAUGCUAAUGUGUGAGGUUCUGCAUUUUGGUAGGACUAAUCAAGAUAGGACAUGGUAAAUGGUAGAGCAUUGAAGAAUGCAGUAGAACAGAGUGAUCUAGGAAUAAUGUCACAUAGUUCCCUGAAGGUGGAAUCUCAUGUGUAUAGGGUGGUGAAGAAAGCUUUUGGUAUGCUAGCCUUUAUAAAUCAGAGUAGGAGUUGGGAUGUAAUGUUAAAAUUGUACAAGGCAUUAGAAAGGCUGAAUUUGGAGUAUUGUGUACAGUUCAGGUCACUGAAUUAUAGGAAAGAUGUCAACAAAAUAGAGAGGGUACAGAGGAGAUUUACUAGAAUGUUACCUGGGUUUCAGUACCUAAGUUACAGAGAUGUCAACAAAAUAGAGAGGGUACAGAGGAGAUUUACUAGAAUGUUACCUGGGUUUCAGUACCUAAGUUACAGAGAAAGAUUGAACAAGUUAGGUCUUUAUUCUUUGGAGCGUAGGAGGUUGAGGGGGGACUUGAUAGAGGUAUUUAAAAUUAUGAGGGGGAUAGAUAGAGUUGACGUGGAUAGGCUUUUUCCAUUGAGAGUAGGGGAGAUUCAAACAAGAGGACAUAAGUUAAGAGUUGGUGGCAAAAGUUUAGGGGUAACGCAAGGGGGAGCUUCUCUACUCAGCGAGUGGUAGAUUUGUGGAACGAGCUUCCAGUAGAAGUAGUAAAGUCAGGUUCAAUAUUGUCAUUUAAAAUAAAAUUGGAUAAGUAUAUGGACAGGAAAGGAAUGGAGGGUUAUGGGCUGAGUGCAGGUCGGUGGGACUAGGUGAGCGUAAGUGUUCAGCACGGACUAGAAGGGCCGAGAUGGCCUGUUUCCAUGCUGUAAUUGCUAUAUGGUUAUAUGUGACCUAAUGGUGGAGGGUAGAUCGGGGCAGAAUGUAAAGAGAUAGACGGGAAGUUUCGUAGAGGGGCUAGGGGAUAUUGUAUUGAGAGGAGAACUCAAUGAUGGUGACUACUACGCCGCUAACCCUGAGUGUGUGGGGACCCUCGAGCGGCGUGUAACGGGGAAAGGGGAAGAGUGGGUACCUAGUGAACGCUGUUAUCCCUUCUUUUUCACGGGAAAGGGAUUGGGGUGCGUUUCGUCAGGGUACCCUGGGAAAUACCUUGCCUGGAGAGACGUCGUUUGGAUGGCCGAUGUAAGAUGACAAGGGAAUAUUCUGUAGCGAAUGUUUUCAAGAACAAUGCGUGACCCUCCGUAGGGGAGUUCCGUGUGUAUGUGGAAAUUGUAAUGUAAAGUACAGAAUGCCCACGUUCAACGAUGACUGAUAGCUCAAGCCGUGAGUAAGGAAUUCUUUGCUGACUGGAGGAAUCCUGUUACUCUGUGCUAUGGGUUCCUGAGCACUCUCUCUCUCUAGGGGUUCUGCAGGAACCAAAGCUGCAAAGAAUCGUAACUACCUCAUUUGUGGGCUAAUGGCAUUGGGAAACAGUACAGUGGAAGGCCUGGAGGCUGUGAACAGGAAAUUGGUGGAGUUACGACUCUAAGCACAGCAAAGCAGGUAUGCUGUGGAUUAUCAGUUGGCCCAGCAAGUGGAGGAUAUGCGCAAUAGUUGGAGACUAUCACCCAUGUUGCUGAUGAAUCAUACAAUGUAAUCCAUGCUAUCCAGUCUAGUAAGUUCCAAGGAAGAAGAGGGCUGGAUAGGAUGGUUGCUGGGAGGAUCUUGGGCAGCUUAUUUACUGCCCAGGCUGAUUUCUCUCAUUGUAAUAAUUAUCGUUUGUUGUGCGAUAAUGACGCCUAAAUGCUGGCUGCAGAAUUUUCAUGGAAAGGCUGAUGAUGCCCUUCUCGACCCCCAUUUAGUUGGUUAUCAUGAUAUGAUAAAAGAUGGGGGAUGAUGGAGUAAAGGGAUAGGUAAAUAAGGGUAUAGAUUGAAAGACAAUGAUUAGCUAAGGAUCAUUUACCUUCUAGGUGCCUUAUGCUUGUUAAUGUUGCUGGACAGCCAAAAGGGAACCUUACCCAGCAACAAUUUACAUACCAGUCAUUGUUCCCUAAUAGUGUUAGAUAUAGGUCAAAUAAGGAAUUAUCUGGUCACACAAAGCAUUUUGAGGUAUAACAUAACUAAAUAUGAGUAAGAUAGCAUAGGGGUAGAAUGUUCAAGAAUAGGGGGAGGUGUCAGCAUGAGGAACUAAUAUAUCCAGGCUAGCUUUGGCAGAAAAUAAUUAUAACUAACCAAUGAUGAUUUUACAUCUAAUUGUAUCUUAGCAUGUGAUCAAAACUAUUCUAAAACUGUAUUAACUCACGUAAUUAUAGUAUUUUCUGUAAUGAUCAGUGUUAUAAAUUGUGAAGAAUUGUGAUGCAGUGUCCGGACUGGCUGUUUGAGAGAUCAGGCUGUAACUUUCCCCAUAGUAUGCUAUAAAUAAAGAGUAAAAGUUUUAUCGCUUGUUUUAUAGUCUUAUUGCGUCCUUGGCACUUGUGCCUUUGUGUCGGGUCGAUCAGUCUUUGACACCUCAGCAUCUCAAAGACCAUCUCCCACCCCCCAUCCUCAUCACAUUCUACAGGGGUUGUAUUGAGAGCGUCCUGAGCAGCUGCAUCACUGCCUGGUUCGGAAAUUGCACCACCUGGGAUCGCAAGACCCUGCAGUGGAUAGUGAGGUCAGCUGAGGUAAUCGGGGUCUCUCUUCCCGCCAUCACGGACAUUUACACCACACUAUCAUCCACAAAGCAAACAGCAUUAUGAAGGACUCCAUGCACCCCUCAUACAAACUCUUCUCCUUCCUGCCAUCUGGGAAAAGGCUCCAAAGCAUUCGGGCUCUCACGACCAGACUAUGUAACAGUUUCUUCCCCCAAGCUAUUAGACUCCUCAAUAACCAGAGCCUGGACUGACACCUUACUGCCCACUACUGUGCCUAUUGUAUUGUUUACUAUUUACUGUAAUGCCUGCACUGUAUUGUGCACUUUAUGCAGUCCUGGGUAGGUCUGUAGUCUAGCUUUUUCUGUGUUUUUUCCACGCAGUUCAGUUUUGUACUGUUUCAUGUGGCACCAUGGUCCUG